GGUCCUCCCUCCUGCUCUUCACAUGACUGCAGCAGCUCUGUGAGCUCUCACACAGGAGGGAGAGGAAUGUGCAGAGGAGCCACAGCAGCGAUGGCCGAGCGGAGCCACGGUGCCUCCACAAUGCACAUAUUCUACACUGUGUUCAUCUGCUUCACACUCAUCCACUGCUCCACUGCAAUCCCCUGGACACAGGAAAAGCUCCAUCACCGAGCAGUGACACUAACGGAGGAUGAGACUCUCACGGCGGUGUCUCACACAGAUCUGGAGCAGAUGUGGCAGAGGGAUCUGAGGCCGCUGCUGGUCACCAGGUACCCGGGCUCUUCGGGCAGCCAAGCUGUGCAGGAGCAUAUCAAAACCACCCUUGGUUCGCUGGGCGCCGGCUGGGAGGUCACAGAGGACAAGUUUAGGUCACAAACCCCCUACGGCCCUCUGCCCUUCACCAACCUGGUCGCCACCCUCAACCCGUCAGCCAAGCGCCGCCUGGUUCUGGCCUGUCACUAUGACUCCAAGUACUACCCGCCACAGUGGCACGGGAGGGAGUUCCAGGGCGCCACCGACUCUGCCGUUCCCUGUGCCAUGAUGCUGGAGGUGGCACGAGCCCUGGAUGAGGAACUGAAGACUCAGAAGAGCUCCAGCCCCGACCUGACCCUGCAGCUGAUCUUCUUCGAUGGAGAGGAGGCCCUCUUCCACUGGACGCCCACAGACUCCCUCUACGGCUCUCGCCACCUCGCCCAGAAGAUGGAGAGCACGCCACACCCGGCCGGGGCCACACACACCAACCAGCUGCACGGCAUAGAUCUGCUCAUGCUGUUGGACCUGAUCGGAGCUCCCAGCCCUCACUUUGGCAACCAGUUCCCCAGCACAACGCCCUGGCUCGCCAGACUGCAGAACAUUGAAACGCGUCUCCACUCCAUGAACCAGCUGGUGGAUCAUCCUAACAGCGUGCAGUAUUUCUGGCCUGACCGACCAGUCGGCCACAUACAAGACGACCAUAUACCAUUCCUGAACAGAGGCGUACGUGUCCUCCACCUCAUCCCCUCACCAUUCCCGUCCGUGUGGCACACGUUCGACGACAACGAACAGAACCUGGAUCGCUCUGCCAUUCAGAACCUCAACAAGAUCAUGCAGGUCUUUGUCCUGGAGUACCUCGACGCCAGACCAGCUGUCCCUUCCAUCACUUCCAUCACUUCAGCACCAUCAGUACCUUCAAAUCCACAGAAUGCUCCAUAAAAGCAUAAAGUUUCUUUUGACGUUUGAAUGCAGAAAAGAUCCUCAGCUCGUAUUUUACAGACAUGGCAUUAACUGCUCUUUAAAUACCAGUACACGGCCGCCAACUGCAUUCUCUAACACAGAGAAUAUGUUUGUAUAAAAACUCCGGUAUGAUUUCAAAAUCCAUGUUAAAGUUGACAUUUUCUUAGUAUAUUGUCUUUUCUUUUUCUAAAUGGUUUCAUUAGAGACUUUAAGAUUUCACGGCUUUAGUCCCCAGCAGUGAGAUGAGCACACAGGAUCUUCUGUGUUUACCACACUGCUCUCUUUAUAUCACCCUAAACCCCUCAUUUACCCUGUGAGCCGGCUUCUUAGUGCCAAUGCUGAAGCCUAGGAUCAGGCAUGAGGGAAGGUAGUUAAAAAUAAAUGAUAAAUGUAGUCCUUACUUUUCCAAUUUCUGAGGAAACAAUUUGAAAAUAUGAAAGUAUUGCCUAGCAAGUCCAAAGUCGCUCAUGUGUGCUCUACCAGAAUUGCAAUGGGAACAGACUGGGAACACUUGCAAUAGGUCAGUCACAUGAAUUUUACGUGUGAGAAAUACUAUGUGGCAACGCACAUGUGUCACGAGGUGUGUCUCAGCUCCAGGGUAUGUGACAUCUCUUCUCCUCCCUCCUCUGCUCAGUGUUUGGAUUGUAAACCUGUCAGUGGCAGGAAGUGGGUGUAUUUGUAUUAUCACAACAUAUUAAGCACUUCAUAUCCUGUCAUCUCUGAUAGCGACAGGGAUAACUUCCUGUGCUGAUGUUUCACAUGCCUGCCUUUGUUUAUACGUCUCUGUAUUAGCAGCGAUCUUAAAGUGGUAGAUCCCAGAAUAAUAUACAAUGCCAAAUCUGGACUUCCUGUAUUCCGAGGCUGAAAAUAAAUGUUGAUUCAGAAUACAAAGCA